UGAAGGUGGCUACUUACGCUGAAACAAAAGCUUGCAAUUGGAAGCGGAAUGCUGUAAUGGUUUUGAAGUUAUGCUGAAAAUACAAUAAGAGCAUUUUUAAAACCUUUGCGAUUUAAUAAGGUGUAUUUAACCUUUUGGUUUUCUUUACUUCGUACUGUUCUCAGCUUGAAGAUUAAAAUCGAAGAACGAUGCCCAGAUUCGACGUAUAGGGAAGUGAAACUAUAUUUCUUAGAUACUUUUGGAUGGUACAGACAGAGGACGAGACUUAACGGGACUUUAAUUAUGACGCCGCAAAUGACACUUAUCUUGCAAUCUCUACCUCUGUUGAUUUUUAUGGCACAGACCACCCAGCAGGUGUGUGUGGAGUUGGUAUCUGACACAGAGUCAGUCGAGGGGGGCACCAUGAAACUCACAUGCAUCUUCUGCAAGAAGAGAGAGGAGCUUGUGGCUGAGACCCAGGUUGACUGGCACUACUUAACCCCAGAUAUGGAGAAGAUACAGAUCUUCCACUUCCCAGAGCAGCCCAAUGAGCGUUAUAAGCUGAAUGACCGUUGGAGAGGCCGUUUGGCAUGGAAUGGCAGCAGCGACCUGCAGGAUGUGAGCAUCAUCAUAAGCAACAUCACGCUUAAUGACACUGGCACCUACACCUGCACAGUCUUCCGUCGCUUCCAUUUCAGUCUUUACACCACAACCUCCAGUUUAGAAAAGAACAUCACCUUGGUGGUGAUGAAAAAAGCUGGUGAAGAUGUCACUGCCGUCUACUCAGAAAUCAUGAUGUAUGUCCUGCUGGCAUUCUUGAGCUCCUGGCUUCUGCUGGCGAUGGUCUACUGUUACAGGAAGAUAGCCAGAGCGGAGGCACGCAAAAAGGACAAUGUGUGCUCAUCCAAAAACAGCAGUCUGGCUGGGCCAGAGUAACAGAAGUCUUCAGCUGACACAUGUGGUGGAGUUCACAGGUUUUUCUUUGUACGCUUCGACUUAGUGAAGUGUGCAUGUGACCUCACCACGACUAACAUGGACAUGCACCCGUGUGUGUGAGUUAAAGCAUCAAAAUAGUCUGUAAGACAAUAGAUAGCAUAUUUGAUAACAAACAAUAACUACAGCCUCUAUUAAGUCCAAUAUCACUGCAUUUUUCUUAUAAUUCAAAAUCAAGGAGAAUUUUAGCAAUGUUAAAUCACCUUGCUGAAA